AAUCUUGUAUUUGAUCGGUUAAUUAUACUUAUUAAAUUAUUUAAUUUUAGUUUUUCUUGUUUUUGUAAAACUAAGAUUUUAAAAUAUGUUUAAUUUAGUGCUAUUAUAUGAUUAUAUAUAUAUAACUGUUAAUGAUAUAUUCAAUAUAAUUUCUAAUUCCAUUCAAAGAUAGCUUUUGCGUAUUAAUUAAAUUAUCGCAAAUUUUUUUUGUAAUAAUUAAAUUAAUAAUUCCACAAUAUGUCACAAUACGAAGAUGUCAUUGUGGAAGACAAAAGGAAAGAUAAUAAUGCAGUAUCAGAAACAGAAAUUCGACAUAGAAUUCCAUGGAGUGAGCGUGUAUUAUUAAACAGUGAAGUACCAGGUUUACAUGAGGUUAAGGAAUUAUUAGAAGAUGAUGAUGCAAGUUGUUUAGCAGAAGAAGAAGAUGGAGUUGGUUGUCCAUUACCUUCCACUCCUGAAGAUGAUCAUCUUUUGGAUUGCGAGAUGACAGAAGUAUUAAAAGCUGGUGUGUUAAGUGAUGAAAUUGAUCUUGGUGCAUUAGCUCAUAAUGCUGCAGAACAAGCAGAGGAAUUUGUUCGUAAGGUUUGGGAAGCAUCAUGGAAGCAAUGUCAUUUCAGAAAUCUUCCAAAGUGGCUACAAGAUAAUGAUUUCUUACAUGCUGGCCAUAGGCCACCUUUACCAUCUUUUUAUGCUUGUUUCAAAAGUAUAUUUCGUAUUCAUACAGAAACUGGAAAUAUUUGGACUCAUUUACUUGGAUGCAUGGCAUUUAUUGGUAUAGCUAUAUUCUUCAUAACACAACCUCCUAUAGAAAUACAAUUGGAAGAAAAAUUGGUAUUCGGUACCUUUUUUGCUGGUGCUAUUAUAUGUUUAGGAAUGUCAUUUGCCUUUCAUACUGUACACUGCCAUAGCGAAUGUGUUGGAAAAUUAUUUUCGAAAUUAGAUUAUUGUGGAAUAGCUAUGUUAAUUAUGGGUAGUUUUGUACCAUGGCUUUACUAUGGAUUUUACUGUGAUUAUCAACCUAAACUUAUUUAUUUAUCAGUGGUUGUAAUACUUGGUGUAACAAGUAUAAUUGUAUCGUUCUGGGAACGAUUUGGUGAACCAAGUUACAGACCAUUAAGAGCAGGUGUUUUUAUGGGAUUUGGUCUUAGUGGGGUAAUACCAGCAGUUCAUUAUGCUAUUGCAGAGGGUUGGUUUAAAGCAAUUAGUCAAGCAUCUCUUGGAUGGUUAAUAUUAAUGGGAUGUUUAUAUAUCUUAGGUGCAAUGUUUUAUGCAUUAAGAGUACCUGAACGAUUUUUCCCUGGCAAGUUUGAUAUUUGGUUUCAGAGUCAUCAAAUCUUCCAUGUGUUAGUAAUUGCAGCAGCUUUUGUUCAUUAUCAUGGAAUAACAGAAAUGGCUAUGUACAGAAUGACAAUAGGAGAUUGUACAAAUCCGUCGCAGGUGAUAGCUUUUUAAUUAUGCAAUGGAUAUAUAAUAUCGUGUUGGAUUUCACCUUAUGUACCUUUAUCAAGACUUAAAAAGAUUCCUAAAUCUUUGUGUAUUGAUAGAUCUAUAUUAUAAAAGAACUGCUGGAAACAAUGAAAAUGAACAACACAAGAUUUUCCUUCUAAUUUAUUGUAAUUAAUCAAGAAUUUUAAAGAAAAUUUAUAAAUUCACAAUAAAAUACAAUAUGUGAUAAUUAAUAUUACUAACAAUAAAUUCAAAAGUUUAAUUAAAUAAAACUUUUUACACUUUCGUAAAUUUAUGGAAAAUAUAAUUAAUUUUGUAUUGUACAUUAAGCUCAACAUUUAAAAUAUUUCAAUCAUUCAUAAAAAAUUUCAGUGAUACAAAGUAACAAAUAACAUAACUAUUUACACUUAUUAUUUUUUCUUUUGUGAAUGAUUUAUUUAAAUAAUGUAAAUUUAUUGUAUAAAAAAUGAAUAUAAAAUUAUAAAUAUCAUUUUAUUUACUAAUAAUGACUGAUCUCUUGUUUCAUGCAGUUCUCUUACUUGUUAAAAACAAAUUAAUAAAAAACAAUUGUAAAAUAUGAAACAAAAUGCAGAUAUAUGGCAACAAACAAAACUUAAUAUAAUUAAGAUUUAGGAAAUAAUUACAAAUGAUUUUAUAGUAUAAGCACUAUAAAAGUUGUAAUAUAUUUUGAACACUGUUAAAACAAUGAAAACUAUUUAUUAUAAUGAUUGUAUGAAAAAUUCAACUUUUUUUUUAAUUACAUUUGAACAGAGAAAGUAAAAUACUGAUUUUUUUCAGUGUCUAUAUCUAAAAAGUUUAUGUAUUAUAAUUUGUCUUGAGAUUUCCUAUUUUCUAUAUUUAAUGCAAGAUCGUCAUUUUCGAAUAUUAGUAAAAUAAUUUUUAAUAUUUUUUCUUGUUAUGUAUUUAUAAUUUUUAUUUUUUUUUUGUCAUGCAAAUUUAUAUUGUAAAAUACCUAUUUCACUACAGAUCUGUUCUUUUAGUACAAAAGGUAUUAAAUAUUUUUGUUAUUAUUAUAAGUACUUAUAUAAAAAAUUAGUACUUAUAUAAAGAAAUAUUGUUGAACUUUUUACGUAAAUAAUUCAUACUAUUGGUAAAUUAAUAAAGAAGGAAAUUUAUGAAUUUCAUAUGUAAAAAUACAAUUAUCCUACUUUAUGUAAUUUCCCAAAAAUAUAUUUUUCUAAAUAAAUAUUGUAGUAUCAUUUGUGAAUUAUUUAAAUGUAUUAAAAAUAUUUUUAUUCAUUAUAAUAAAUUGAAAUUUAAAUAUAAAGAUAGAAUUUAAAAAUAAUGAAAAAGAAAUUAAAAAAAAAAUUUAUUUCAAUAAUUAAACAUCAAUAAUAAAUCUAGAUGAUUAAAAAUAAGAAAUCAAAUUUAUGUUUCAAUAUAUAAUUUAUAUUCAAUAUAUAAUUUAAUUUUAUUAAAAUGUAAAUAUUUUUAGCAAAUUGUUAUUGAUUUAUUAAUUAAUUCUAUUUAUUUAUUUUUUAUUAAUAUAUCUUAUAAUCAUUCUAAUCAUAUCUAAUAAUCAUUUAAUAAAAAUUGCAAUUAUUAAUUUUUUUUGCGUAUAGUUAAAUUUAAAAAUAAUUCUGAUUAUUUUUUAUAUAUUUUUUAUAUUUUUUGUACAAAAUAAUAUUUACAUAAAUUAUUUACGAAUUUAUAAUAAAUAAUUAUAUAAUAAAUUUUAUAAUAAAUAUAUUGUAUAUCUUAUAUAAAAUAUUCUUAUUUAUUAAGAAUUAUAAGAAUAUAAAUUAUUAAUAAUUUAUUUUCAAUUCAAUAUUAUCUUCAAUUCAAAAAAUUGAUAUUUCUCAAAUGGAAUACUAUGUGUUAUAAUAAACACAUUAACAAACAAUUUAAAAAGUGUAUAAUAUGUAUUAAUAUUUUUAUUAAUCAUUUUUUAUUUUUUUCAUAUCUAAGAUAUUAAAAUCGAUAUAAAAAAAUAUCUCGAUAAGAAAUCGAUAAAUAGUAUGUUUCACUUCAGAAUAGUUCGAUAUAGAUUCAGAAUAGUUUAAUAUAUGUUUCAUAUAUAGUGCAUUUAUGUGAAAAAGGCGCAUUGUGAUAUUGAAAUGAAAUGUUAAAGCUAAAAAAGCCAUAAUCAAAUUUCUUUUUAUGCAAAAGAUGAAUAUCAUGUUCCUAAUUAAAUCUAUUUGCAAAAUUGAUAAAUCAAACGAAAAAUAUUUAUUUCAACAAUUCAAUUAUAAAAAAAAUGAAAAUAUGUUGUAUUUUGUAAAUAUUUUAAUAUUUUUAUCAGUGCGUUGCAAGUAAUCAAUAAAUUCUAAUAGAUAAAAAAGAUUUUAAAAAAACGUGCACAAAAAUUGAGUUGCGAUAUUUCAAUGAAGCAAAUUUUUUAUUACAUUAUUUUAUAAAUAUUAUAAUACGAUCAUCAUCAAGAUGCAUUAUUUAUUUAUUUACGAACUCAAGUCAAUAAAUAUGGUUUUUAUUUUAGAGGAUUUAUAAUUCAUAAUUUAUAAUUCAUAAAUAUGUGAGAUAAAGUGAUAUAGUUGUACAUGUCCAUUCAAAGUAUAUAGAACCAUAGUGUUUUAUGAUAUAUUAAUGCAUUGAUAAUAACUAUAUGCUUCUUAUUUAUCGUUUUUUGUAUAAUAAAAUAGACGAGUGAUAAUAGAAUCAAAUUAUAUAUCAUUGUAUAUUUUAAAAAAGUUUAAUUUCUAACAUAAAUAAUGUAUAUAAUAAUGAAUUUUUUUAAAAUAUAUAUAGAAUUAUUCUCAUGAAAAGUCAAAUAUUGUUUUUUAAUUAAUAACAAUGAAUGAAAUGAAUACAAGUGUUACAAGUUCAAUAACAUCUGGCAUGUUGCUUGAUAAUAUUCAAAAUUAUACUAAUACAAUGACAAAUGCAUCAAAUGAAAUAUCUGAAACAUAUAUGAAUUCUACAGAAGAAAAUGAAAAUAUUCAAUUAUGGAAUGUUUCUAAGGCCGUAACGUCAUUGCCCAAUAAUACAGUAAUUUCCUUUGAAGCUUCAAGUACCAAUAUAUAUGUAUCUACAACAACAGAAAUUUUUGAUGAAUUUGGACCUCCAGAUGGAAUAGAAUACAUUUUUGUACCACUUGGUGUAGUGGUCUUUGUUAUUAUAUUAUCAGCUGUG